CUACUAUCUGAAGGGGUCUACAUAAGCAAGGGGUCUACAUAAAACGGGCCCCUAGUCAUCCCGUCAUUAAAACACUGAACGGGAUAUCUGGAACACCUCAAAAAGACCACAGUGGAUUGUUAUCGGAAUGGCAAAAUUUCAUAUUUUCAUUGGAUAUAUCGUAUUAAUAAUGACGCACAGUGUGAGCUGGGGAAAUCUAUAUGCCAGUAGGAAUGUUCAAGAGUUGGAAAAUAUGAAGGACCUGAUCCAGCGGCUCGAGGACAAGUUGACGGUUAACGAGGAAAAUGACGUUUAUCCGUCAGAGUCUGAGGACGUGGUCGCAGCCCAUGUGGAGGACAUUGAGAACUCGCCCGCGGCGAUCCGGGGGCAGAAGGAGAGAAUGGUAAUCAACGCAGCCAAAAUAAUUGCCCCCGAAAGCCCUGUGGUGUCACGCCUGAAAGAUCUAAUCGGUUUGAGGACGGCCAAAUCGUUCAACAGCUGUUUCGGUAACCGGAUUGAGAGAAUCGGCUCGUGGAGCGGACUGGGGUGCAAUAACGCCAAGACUGGUAACAAGAAGAGAAUAUUUGGGAACUGAAGAACAAAGUAGGCCUACCCAUUCAUGGACGUCAAAAAAACUGCGUAUUGUCUGACCUCUGUGGAACUCUCCCUGGCAUUCUGGGGAAUGCAUUUUUCCCCCUUCAAACAAUAGUCCUAAACUGAGAAAUAUGUAUUUCAUAAACGAAUUUAUACUAAAUAAUUUCGAUAUUAAAACUAAAUGCUAAAUUAAAUAUUUUAAUUUCUGUGUUGGUUGGUUUCUAGACUGUCAGUGACAAUUGGACAUGCAUAUUGUAUUUCUGCCACGAAAAGGAAAAUUUGAUUCCUAAUCGCACUCUCCAGAAGUGCCUAAUACAACGCCUUUGUUAUGUGUUGAACACCUGUACAGUAUUGUUCACUUGUGUGUAUCAAAUCGAUGUAUAUGUUUGAUCAUGUUGUGAGAGGGCAUUAUUUGUAAUAAAUUAUUAGA